GCGUGAGACUUCUGAGACUGCGACCGGAGGCCCGCCGCCCGUCCCGACCGCGGACGCUAGAAGGUGGGGUGCUCAUCAUCUGCGUGAGACUUCUGAGACUGCGGCCAGAGCCCCGCCGCCCGUCCCGACCUCUGAAGCGGGAAGGCGGGCUGAUGCCCGUCAUCUGCGUGCGACUUCCGAGACUGCGGCUGGAGGCCUGCCGCCCGUCCCGACCCCGGACGCUAGAAGAUGGGAUGCUCUUCAUCUGUGUACAACUACUGGGGCGACGGUUGGAGCCCCGUCUCGUGUUUCCCCACCUACCUCUGAGACGGGAGUUUGUGGGUCAGUAAAAACCUCUUAUUCAACAGCACUGCCAACUGAACUGAUCGACAUGACGCCGUUCUCUGCAAGCGAGUACGACCUUAUGUCACCCACCUGCUCUACUUCGAGGGCUUCAGUCCAGGAUGCAGGGGACCAUGGCACAUGGACUUUUCCUGAGCACUUGAUGUGCAAUCAAACAGAGAUCACGGCUCCCGAGAACCACCAUUUGGAGGAGAACGAAUACGGAGAACAGGGAGCUGAGUCUGAUGUCAGCGACGGUGUUGAGGUGGCUCCGCCCCAGCACAGUUCUCAGUCGCGUACAUCUCAGUCGGCGAGGAACGGCGCAUCGUGCGGCGAAGUGCGGAAAAAAAAUGUUUGCAUAUAUUGCAAGCAAAAGAGAAAUCUGAUAUGGCGCCAUAUCAAGACGGUCCACCGUGACGAGAAGGAAGUCAAGGAUAUCCAGGAGUGUGAUUCUGAGCAGGAACGAAAAAUGAAAAUCACCGUGAUGAUCAACAAAGGCAACAUGGAGCACAACAAACUCGUCCUACAAAGGGGUGAAGGUGACAUGAUCUUGGGAAGGAAGUCGGACCAGGCGUCCGUGGACGACUACGUGCCAUGUCCUUACUGCUAUCUUUUUGUGGUUAAAACCAACAUGAUGCAGCACAUAAAACAUCACUGUGUGGCUCGCAAAACAGAAUGCCCAGACAUUCCCACGGUGCUGGCAGAGAGCCGGACGCUCCUGAGUGACGGCCAAGAAGAAAAUACUGGGUAUCACAAGGACAUAUUGUCUCGUAUGCACGACGAUGCAGUUACGAAGACCAUAAAGAACGAUGAACUCCUGAAGAAGUGGGGUGCCAACUUGCACGCGAAACUUGGAAGGUCGGGUUUUGCGCAGAUAAGCCAGCGCCUAAGGAUGAUGGGCGAAGUUGUCCAAGCAGCCGGAAAGAGCAUGCAAGAGCUGAUCAAUGGCGAAGGAUUUGAUACGGUUGUAAGUGCCACCAAAUCCGUCUGUGGGUUUGAGCAGGACAAGCUAAACGCCCACACGGGGCUGCCCACAUACAAAACUCCUUCAAAGGCCAUGCGGAUUGGAGGCGAACUACGACAGCUGGCUGCUCUCAAGAAGGGCAUUGCGCUGAUCAAGAAAGAAGAAAGCGAAGUGAAAGAUGCUGAGGCGUUCUUGUAUCACGUGGACCAAUUCUGGAAUGUGAAGAUCAGCAGCGUAGCGCUGAAGAACCGCGAGUCGAACAAGUAUGACAAGAAAGACAUGCUGCCCUUUACCAGCGAUUUGAAGCUUUUCACCGAAAAAAUGAAGGAACGAGUGAAAGAAAUGACAGAAAAGGGAAUACAUGGCAUGACAGACUAUGCAAGGCUGAGCAAAGCGGUUCUCGCCCGUUUGCUAGUAUUCAACAAACGCCGUCCUAAGGAGCUUAGCAGCAUCCUGCUGCAAUCAUGGAUCAACCGAGAGAUGUACAAACAAGAGACGGUAGAAGAAGUGAACAAGUCAAUGGGUGAAACAGAAAAGAAGUUGUUCAACGAGCUCGACGUCGUCAUGUCCCGCGGCAAGUGCGGGAACAAGGUCCCCACCCUGAUACCGAGCGACUGCGCGGCUCCGCUGCAGCUACUGGUAGACAACCGGGAGACGUACAUUGACAAGGAUAACAAGUAUCUGUUCGCAAACCCUCUGGCGAGGACUACAGGACACUACAACGCAGGCGUGGUGCUUAAAGAGCAGUUGUCGGACAUGGCACUAAACAGGGCAGAUCUCUUCCAUGCAACAAAACUACGGAAAUAUUGUGCUACAACGUCCCAGAUUCUAGAGAUGGGUGAAUUCGAUAUGGAGGUGCUCACCCGGCACAUGGGACAUGACAAAGACGUGCAUCGUGGUUACUACAGACUGUCAGACGCUACUCACGAACUGACGCGUGCCUCCAUCCUGAUGAUGAAGCUGGACGAAGGAUGCCUCUCAAAAUAUAGCGGACGGAGCCUGGAGGAGAUGCUCACUGAAGAGGACUUCGACGAGCCAGGCUCUGAAAAUGAGGGCGGUCCGGCUGAUGAUCGCCAAGAGGACGAUGAAGGAGGCCAUGAACAGCGGAAGAAGCCGCAAAAAAUGUGCCGGAUCCACUGUAUGAGGACUCGGAGUCAGGAGGCGUCGCCAUACGGCGGCACCGAUGCCGUCGGUCGUCUGACUCCCAGCACCACUCGCCAGCGUGGCGAGCGCCGCCUGCGAGUCUGA